AUGUCUCCAGUCUUUGGAUUUAUGUUCCUAUGGAUUAUAAACACAGUAGGACAAACUCACGGGAGCACAGAGUCCGCUGAUAUAGAGUCCGCAAGAUGCAAAGUCCGCUGUCUGAUUGAAUAUUUGAAAGAUUUUGAGAGGAGACUUGGAGGUACAGAAGUCAGCAUGGUACGUGCGAAUGCAGACAGAUGCAGAGUUGACAGAAACUGCUCUACUUGUAGCAGACCAUGUUCUACUUUGGUUCAUAAUAUUGCUGCAUGUACAGCUGCUUGUCAAAAUGAAACUGCUUGUCUGUUAAGUUGCCAUUUUAUACGUCAUAUCCAUACAACUAAACAUGGUCAGUGCCCAUCAAGGACAACGCUGGAUGAGAGUCAGGCCCAGUGUACCGUGACGUGUGAUAAAGACACAGAUUGUGGUGGGGUAGAGAAGUGUUGCGAUAAUGGAUGUGGGUACACGUGUCAGAGUGCCACCAAUGCAGAUGUGGGCUUACCAGAGACAACCACUGCCCCUGAAGUGAGAGAGCGUCCCAAGGGAAAGUCAGUUGAGCUAACCUGGGAGAUCCCAUCAUACAAGACCCCCAUUGUGUACAUCAUCCAAGGCAGAACCAGUGUGGGGAUGAGUGGCAACUAUGGACCCUGGCAAAUGGUCAUGGAGUCUACCAGACCUGGGGCUAUAUGGAAGGGGGUGAAGGCCGGACACUGGUACCAGUUCAGGAUCGUUUCCGUCAACAUAAACGGAUCCAGUGAGCAUUCUGAACACAGUGUGGACUUCAAGUUAACUAAAGAGCCGAGAAGUCCAUCUGAACCAACUGACUUUAGGGAAGGGGGGUUCACUCUGCAUGAUGGUAUGGUGAAUGUUCGUCUUCUUUGGGAGGAACCUCGCAAAUCUGACCUCCCUAUCUCUAAAUACAAGAUAUUCUGGACCAAGCAGACCAACAAAGUACCUCUUGUAGGAGAACCAACUGGUGAACACAAGAGACUCAUAGCAGCAGAUAAAAGGGAGUUUGAGUUGAAGAACUUGGAACCAGACACUAGGUAUAUGAUACAGAUCCAAGCUCUGGCGCCAUACGGAAAUAGAAAGUUGAAGAGUGAGAAAGUUUCCUUAGAAAUAGAGACUUAUCCUUUGUCCCAGUCUACAGAGAGAGAUAGAACAACACCCUCACCUUCUAUAAUAACUGAAGUGGACACUGCUCCACCGGUGACUUUCCCGAUUCCUGGUACCGUCCAAAACAUAACAUUUGAGAAACCAUUUUACCAAAAUGGUCUGCUCAAGGCGAGGAUAUCAUGGCUCGCCCCAGAUAGUUUUGAUGAUGGAAUACUGCGAUAUGACCUUCAGUGGUCGCCCAAUGCCUGUAUAGCACUGGAGGAUAGAGUGAGAACAAUGUCAGAUCACACUGAGAAUGAAUAUUUUGAGCUGUAUGACCUAAAAUUUGACUGCCAGUACCAGGUCAAGGUCAUUCCUGUGUCGACCAAUCAUAUUGUUGGUAUGGUUGGGCAUGCCAUCUUUUAUACACCUGAAUGCCCAGAUGUUCAUGUGAUGGGAGAGAUUGUACCUGACUGCCCCACUGAUACUCCCAGUGUGCCUCGGGAACCUCAAAACAUCAACUAUAGAUUGAUAAUCAUAAACCAAAACAUCAGCGCAGAAAUAACAUGGUCAAAGCCUCAAUCUGAUCGACCAAUCAUAAGCUUCCGUGUCACGUGGGGCGCUGUCUUGCCUAUGGAUGAGAUGAAAGAGUUUCCGCAUAUGGACAUGAACACAGCUCUAACUAAAGUUUUAUCAAAUAAAGCCAAAUUGUUCAGUAUAGAUUCCCUAAGAGAAGGUACAUCAUAUAUAGUACAAGUACAGGCCCUGUCUAAGGUUGGGAGUGGGAUGAUAGGACAAGUACAGUUUGAAGUUCCCUUCCUAUAUUCCAGUAGGAUCAGGCCACCAGAUCACGAUAUACAGCACCAAGAGCCUAGCAACACAAAACAUCUCCAUAGUAACAAAGCAGACACUGCUGUAGACGUAGACGCCCAAGUGGAGCAGGACAAUAAAGACUCUAGAACACAAAGCACGGACACUUUAAAAGCCAGUGCCACUUGUCCCUCCAUAACUACUGCAGUGUUAAUAAUAUCAGUGACUCUGGUGCCUUGGAUAGCUUGGCCAUUACCCUGAGAUCCCCCCAGAUAGCCACAUUAAACUCUUACUAUGAGCCAAUGAGAUUUAAUGAUCUCAAUUAUCAGAUUAUAGCUUGGUCAUUACCCUGAGAUCCCCCCAGAUAUCCACACUAAACUCUUAC